AUGCCGCCCGGCGCCGACCCCAACGCCCUGGUGCAGCAGCUAGUCGCCCUGUGCCCAUGGAACGCCGCCGGCGACCCGGCGCAAGCCGACGCGCUCAUCGACCAGAUGCCCUGCGCGCGCGGCAGCCCCCACGCGGCCACGCGCCUCACCAGCUCCAACCUGCAGGCCCUGCGAGGCCUGGCGGCCGAGGCGGCGGCGAGCGUCUUCUCAAACCUGGAGCCGCAGACCUCCCCAGCCCAGUAUGUCUGCAACCUGGCGGGCGCAUACAGCCUCUGGGCGCUGCGCGCGCUCGAAGCCGUGACCAACGGGAGCCCCGUGCGGCAGGGCCAGGUGGCGGCGGACGGGCAGCUGCUGGCCGUGCUGGUGCGCACGAUGACGAGGCGCGGCGCCCCAGGCAUCUCGUGGCGCCGCUUCGCGGCAGCUGCCCUGCGCAACGCCGCGGCGUCGACGCUCGCGGCCGCAGCGACGGUGUCGGCGGCGAGCGGCGGCGGGGGCGUGCCGGCGACGGCGGUGGUGGCGGCUGAGUUGCUGGUGGAUUUCGUGAGGCGAGGCAAGGCUUUGGAGGAGGAUCACUGGGAGCUGGUGCUGCAGCUGCUGGCCCGCGUGCUGCCCUCACAGGCGGGUGGUGGGCUGUGCGCCGAGCGGAGGCGGCCGCGGUUUGCGAGCCGUGUACCAUGCGUAGUGUGCCCUUGA